UCCCUGACAACUGCAGCGAUGGCGGAACCCGUGGCAUCGGACGCAAUAGCAACAGACGCAGCUCUUUCUCCGGCUGUAAGCCCGGGUUCGGAGCCUCCAUCCAUGGCACUCUCUCCUUCUGCAGGCGGCUCCCAGCGGCUUCUUUUCUCCCACGAUUUGGUGUCAGGUCGGUAUCGCGACUUGGUCCGGUUCGGCCUAGUCAGAAUGAUACAAGGCGAGGAGGAGUUUGAUUCAGACUCGGACCUCGACGAUGGCGGAGGUAGAGGCGGUGGAGGAGGUGGAUGUAUCCCCUGUAACUCGGACACCGAGAGCAGUGUUGUGGACAGCCUGGCACCUCUGGGAAGGGGUUUUGUCCGGGUGCAGUGGUACCCAGAAGGAGGGAAGCAAGACAUACGGGAAACAAAGCUGAAACUUGUAGAUCGAUCCAUCGUUAUCCGAGACAUUGUGCGGCGGAUGAAUUCUAACGACAACCAGUGUGGCAUAGUGACCGACAUCGACAUAGAGUGUGCUGUAAAACUAGUGGGGACCAACUGUGUCCUGUACCCCGUCAACAGUAAAGACCUACAUCACAUCUGGUCUUUCAUGUAUGGGGACUACAUAGCCUACGAGUUCUGGCUGGGGAAGGUGUACGACCUGACCAACCACAUCAUCCUCAAGCUGUCCAAUGGAGCCAGGUGUUCCAUGAAUGUGGAGGACGGCGCCAAGCUGUACGACGUCUGUCCUCACGUUAGUGACUCGGGUCUGUUCUUCGAAGAGGCCUACGGUUUCUACCCAGGCCAGGUGCUGAUCGGGCCAGCCAAAGUCUUCUCCAAUGUCCAGUGGCUCUCCGGGGUCAAGCCCGUACUCCGUAAGAAGAGCAAGUUCAGGGUGGUGGUCGAAGAGGUCCAGGUGGCGGAGCUGAAGGUGACGUGGAUCACUAAGAGUUACUCCCCCAAGGGCACGGACAGCGUCUACCCCCCUCCUUCUACCAUCUCCCAGGAGAACCUCUGCAGAGUGAAGCGUCUGGGCUACUACGACCACACCCAGAGGCAGCUGGGGGAGAGGGCCCUGUACGUGUUCCCAGCCAAGGGAGACACCACACACAUCACCUGUGAGUGGCCCGACGGAGCCCCCGGACUCCCAGAGGACCCCGUAGCCAGGAAGUUGAAAAGAAUGUUCAAGAAGGAGUUGUUAGGGAAGAAGCCCAGUGAAAAUGCAGACACACAAGGUGCCAACCAGCACAACUCCACGGACAACACGGACAGCCUUGACGGUGACCUCAAGCCUGACAACACCCACCCAGACUCCACCAACCACACCGCGCUCCCCCGUCCUCACCACCCCAACAACGGCCCCAACCACACCCUCCAGCCUUCGCCCCUGUGCCCUCCCCCCUCUGACCCAUGGCCCGAGCCCGCGGAGCAGGAUGCAGACGAUGAGGCGGGGGCGGAGGACACGGACGACACAUUGUCGCUGACGUCGUCGGCGAGUAGCACCGCGUCGUCGCAGAGCGGCGGUCUGGGGGGCCUGAACAGGAAGAAGAGCAUCCCGCUGUCCAUCCGCAACCUGAAGAGGAAGCACAAGAAAAAGAGGACCAAGUUCUCCCGCGAGUUUAAGCCCGGCGACAGGGUAGCGGUAGAGGUUGUGUCCACCAAGACCUCGGCCGACGUCCUCUGGAAGGACGGCCGCAUGGAGACACUCAUCCGCUCCAAUGACCUCAUCCCCAUCCAGCACCUGGACAACCACGAGUUCUGCCCCGGGGACUUUGUUGUCGACAAACGACCCCAAGCCCCUACGGACCCAGGCGUGUACGGGGUCAUCCAGUCGGGCGACCACAAGGGCAGGACGUGUGCCGUGAAGUGGAUCAAACUCAACGCCUCUAGCGACAACGUAGAGGUCAUAGGAGAAGAGGAGGAUGUUAGUGUGUACGACAUCGCCGACCACCCAGACUUCCACUUCCGUACCACUGAUAUCGUCAUCAGGAUAGGGAACUCUGAGAACGAGCGGAAUACAGAGUGUGAGAACGAUACGUCAGUUGGCCAGGUCUUCAGAGUGGAUGUGAGCAGCAAGGUGGAGGUGGUGUGGGCUGACAACUCCAUGACCAUCGUCCUGCCACAGCACCUGUACAACGUGGAGUCUGAGAUCGAGGAGACUGACUAUGACUCUGUGGAGGAGAGCAGCAGUGGCCUGUCCACGGAGGAGUGGGAGGACGAGAGCGACAGCUGGGAGACUGAUAACGGCCUGACUACCAACGAGGAUGACCAGCACCCCGCCAACGAGGACACCGCCACCCCGGCCCCCACCGGCCCCAGCCCCUUCAUCAUCCCCCCCGAGGAGGGCGGCAAAGCAGGGGCCACCACCCCCACCAAGCCCCUUAACGCCACAGAGGACCAGGAGGGAGCUGGGGCUAUAGCCAGCCCAGGCGCCGGUGCUGGAGGAACCACCCCUGGAGCAGGAGGGGGUGAUGCUGUUGAGAAGCUCCCUGGGAAAGACUGUACGCCGCGGGGCUUCCGCGAGCUCAAGGAGGCCCUGAAGAUCCUGGAGAGCCUGAAGAACAUGACCGUGGAGCAGCUAUGGACGGGCGGUUCGCCUACCUCGCCCACGUCCAGUGCCACGCCCUCCGCCAACGGGACUAACGCCAACACCGCCACUGCCGUCACGCCAGAGAAACCCACCAAGGAGAAGCGCUUCCUGGAUGACAUCAAGAAGCUUCAGGAGAACCUGAGAAAAACCCUGGACAAUGUGGCCAUCGUGGAGGAGGAGCGGAUGGAGGCGGUGGUGGAGGCCGGAGGAGGCGGCGCAGGAGGAGGUGGGAGUACGGAAGGAGGAGAAAGAGGGGGUGAAGAAAGGCCCCAGGAGGAGGUGGCGAAGACGCCAGGCGCGGCACCAGAGUGGCCCAGCGAUACGCCUGUCCUGUGCCAACAGAGUGGUGGCAAGCCCGGCGUCACCUUCACCAGUGCCAAGGGAGAGGUGUUCUCUGUGCUGGAGUGGUCACCAGACACCCACACCUUUAAGAAGAUGGAGUUCCAGCCGGCCGAGGCCAAGAAGUUUUUCAGCACCGUGAGGAAGGAGAUGGCUCUGCUGGCCACCUCGCUGCCCGACGGCAUCAUGGUGAAAACCUUCGAGGACCGCAUGGACCUGUUCUCAGCUCUGAUCAAGGGGCCCACGCGCACCCCUUACGAGGACGGCCUGUUCCUCUUCGACAUCCAGCUGCCAAACAUUUACCCGUCGGUGCCGCCCCUCUUCCGCUACCUGUCACAGUGCAGCGGGCGCCUCAACCCCAACCUCUACGACAACGGCAAGGUCUGCGUCAGCCUGCUGGGCACCUGGAUCGGCAAGGGUACAGAGAGGUGGACCAGCAAGUCUAGCCUGCUGCAAGUGCUCAUCUCCAUCCAAGGCCUGAUCCUGGUCAACGAGCCCUACUACAAUGAGGCAGGUUUCGACAGUGACCGAGGCCUGCAGGAAGGCUAUGAGAACAGUCGCUGCUACAACGAGAUGGCCCUCAUCAAGAUGGUGCAGUCCAUGACCCAGCUGCUGCAGACUCCCAUAGAGGUGUUCCAGCAGGAGAUCCGGCAGCACUUCACCUCCAACGGCUGGCGCCUGGUGCACCGUCUGGAUGCCUGGCUGGAGCUCCACGAGCUAGCCGAGAGGGGCCCUCCGCCAAGACCAUCCCGGGACAGGCCUCCCUCAGUGGGUCCUCUAGACGAGACGCUCCCCUUGGAUCUUCUGGCCCACAGCACCCCCAACAAGCACCAGGGCACCGGGGAUGAAGAGCUGGAGGACUCUGGCCUAAGUUUUUCCACCACCGCCGCCUCCCAGCAGGAGCUCAGCCAGAACUUGGACUGCGACGGCACCGUCUCGGCCAGUGAGGUGGCCGGGGCGAGCGUGGUGGUCUCCGGGUCGGUUAGGGGGGCCGCCUCAGACUCCGCGGGCGGUAGCCAGCCGGCGGUGCGACCAAAGAAGCGCAGGAAGAGCUACCGGAGCUUCCUGCCCGAGCGGAGUGGGUAUCCAGACAUUGGCUUCCCCCUCUUUCCUCUCUCCAAGGGCUUUGUGAAGAGUGUGCGCUGCGUGCUGCUGCAGUACCGGGCCGCCCUGGCCGCCACCUCCAUCCCCGACCAUGUAGAGGACAAGUAAGUGACUAGUGACUCCCCCAACGCCCACCACCACCUCAAUCCUCAGCCCACCCUCCAAGAGCUGCACUGUGCCCUCAAUGAUCUCCCAAAUAGCCCCUGUACCCUUUGAUCCCCCUUGCCCAGCUGCUGCCCAGUGCCCCUGCCCCUCGGCCAUCUAUCUAGUGCACUCUUGCCCCCCCCCUCCCCUCCCUCAGACCACUAAAAGCUAACUUGGUGUAUGCGCUUUCCUUCAGUGUCCAGAGUCCAGACAGAGGCCAGAUGUGAAGGGAGAGGAGUGGGAGUGUCUUAUGGAGAUCUAAGCCACGGACCAUAAGCACCCUCCCCCAUAAUGGACCUUCUGAGCUCUCAUGGACACACAGACAAGGAGCGAGAGCCUCGACUGGAAGGCAGCGCCACACAUCUGCCCCUCGUGGGCCCUGACGGACGAGGGAGGAGGAAGGAGAGGAGGAGAGAUGCAGAGAAGCUGGUUUGUUUAAAAAAAGGUGCCAUUGACUUGCAUCGUCUAUAGCUGCUGUAAGGGGAAGUGGAAUUACCUGAAGAGAGACAUUCUUUGUCGAAUUGGCGCCACAAAAUAAAAUGUUACUCCGCUGUGUCAAUUGGAUCUAAAAAACGAAAUGGAGACAGUUGCCAUGGCGUCCUGGAAUCUGCAGGGUCAAAAAGUGCAACCCGGAUUGAUUCUCUAAGCUGGGUUUUCUCUGAACUACGUUUCUCAGUAUGCCUGGUUCCUUUGACCCUAGCGGGCACCCUUAGUACUACUCCUGUGCCCCGUUACCACCCUGCACUCUCCAAUCAACAGACAAUCUCUGCAGGGCUGGGCACCUUUUGACAUGCUGACAUAUUGAGUUUCUUUUUAAAGUAGAUGUUACUGGGUGUUUGCUUUUUGCCCUGCUCCUGUUGUUCUUUCUCGCUUUAGAGACACACACUAUCUGAAUGUUAUUAACUGCCCACCUACAACCGCUUCACUCUGCUAUGCCCUUGCUGGUUUCCUCGCCAAUGGCUCGCACCACAACAUGCCGUUGCAGAAACACUUGAGUGACAAGUUUACAUACUAAUCACCACUUCUGGAUGUUAUCUACACUACUAGGCCCUACGGUACAUUGCUGGCUCUAGAGGAGUGCAGUUACACAUAACUAUAUGAAGGAUAGUCUGUUUCCUCUAGGUAAGGUCAAAUGAGCUCUUUAAUAUCUUUGACUGUAGAACGUUUCCAUUCGAAGACUUGAUAACUUUCUGACGCUGUACAGACUUUUUUUUUAUUUUAUUUUUUUAUCACCCAUUUUGGUCUUAAGACUCAACUUUUUUUUUCUUCAAGGCUAGGUUGAAAUUAUACAGUGUUAAGGCAGUGUUCGAAAAACACAUUCAUUGGACCAGCACAGUUGCUGAUUCUACAGGAUUAGCAUUGAAAACGUGACCAGUGGCUGUAGAUAAUUUGAGAGGGGAAAAAAAACAUUUUAAAAGAAUAGAAUGACAGAAACAUGAGUUUGUUGAGUAGUUAGCUGAAAUUCACUGCGAUUGUGUUUAUUUUCCACUACGAUGCCCAAAAUUUCUGUACUGCUAACAUUAACUUCCAUUCAUUUUCGCUCUGGCGCUGGUUCAAUUUAAUGUUUAUUUUCUAAUUCUUCUCCAUGGAAUUAUUACGUUGUCUUAACCUUCUCCAUCUUCAAGGUAGUGACCUUUUUCCUUUCUUGCAGCUUUCAUUGACCUUUGAGCCACUUUAAAGGCUGGUCAUUCAGAAUGGUCCUCCAGAGCUAUCCCCCAAUCCCCUCUUCUGCUCACUCAUUAGGCUACUACUAGAGGCGGAGCCACAACAGUGCACAUGACACGAGUAAAAACGCGAUCUAUUCCAUCACUAAAUGAGUCUUAUCUCAACAUGUUGCCUUACUUGAAUUGUUCUUCUUAUUAAUAUAUUAUCAGACCCUAUGUACAGAGCUGCUUGUUACCCCGGCCUGAUACCCACGACAUUCACCCCCAUUCCAGUGUUCAGAGGUUGGUUGUCUAACAUCAGAUCUGGGGUCAGCUUUCCCUGGACUUGUGCUUAAUUUAACCAUUCGGAGGUAGGAAAAAUGAAUAAUAAAUAUAACAAAAUAACUGAUCCCAGAUCUGUUUUGACAAUGGCAACAGCCCACAAGUUGAAUGAUAAAGUUACACAGUUUCAGCCACUGGAUUCCAGUGUUACUCUCAACUGCUGUUUGUUCGGUGAUGGAGAUUGAUAGAAGUUUGUAGACAGAUUGAGUGUGGAUGCAGAAGCUUAUACUUGAUUUGGUUUUGUUCUUGCCCUUUUGCCAUGAGCAUGAUGGAGUGUCACUGUCCCCAAGAUUGGAGUGCUGUCCUGUUCUCUUUAAUUUUCCCAGUUUAAAGGGUGAAUGAUACACUUUUGACAAUAUGGCCUCUGGCAUAGUCAUGCUUGUGUUUUGUGAUAUUACUUUUAUAUUUCUUUAAAUUUUUGCUGGUUUGUUUAUACUUGCUUGAAUUGGGUAAAAAUGGUCAGUGUUCUAAACUCAGCAAAAAAAGAAACCUCUCACUGUUAACUGCGUUUUAUUUUCAGCAAACUUAACAUGUGUAAAUAUUUGUAUGAACAUAAGAUUCAACAACAGACAUAAACUGAACAAGUUCCACAGACAUGUGACUAACAUAAAUAGAAUGUGUCCCUUAACAAAGAGGGGGGAGGUCAAAAUCAAAAGUAACAGUCGGUAUCUGGUGUGGCCACCAGCUGCAUGAAGUACUGCAAUGCAUCUCCGCCUCAUUCCCCCCACUCUUCCACCAAGGCACCUGCAAGUUGCUGGACAUUUCUGGGGGAAAUGGCCCUAGCCCUCACCCUCCGAUCCAACAGGUCCCAGACGUGCUCAAUGGAAUUGAGAUCCGGGCUCUUCGCUGGCCAUGGCAUUCCUGUCUUGCAUUAAAUCACGCACAGAAUGAGCAGUAUGGCUGGUGGCAUUAUCAUGCUGGAGGGUCAUGCCAGGAUGUCUUCCCUGUAACGCACAGGGUUGAGAUUGCCUGCAAUGACAAGAAGCUAAGUCCGAUGAUGCUGUGACACACCGCCCCAGAUCAUGAAGGACCCUCCACCUCCAAAUCGAUCCCGCACCAGAGUACAGGCCUCGGUGUAACGCUCAUUCCUUCGACGAUAAACGCGAAUCCAACCAUCACCCCUGGUGAGACAAAACCGUGACUCGUCAGUGAAGAGCACUUUUUGCCAGUCCUGUCUGGUCCAGCGACGGUGGGUUUGUGCCCAUAGGCGACGUUGUUGCCAGUGAUGUCUGGUGAGGACCUGCCUUACAACAGGCCUAGAAGCCCUCAGUCCAGCCUCUCAGCCUAUUGCGGACAGUCUGAGCACUGAUUGAGGGAUUGUGCGUUCCUGGUGUAACUCGGCAGUUGUUGCCAUCCUGAUGUUUGGAUGUACUGAUCCUGUGCAGGUGUUGUUCAUCCUGUCUCCCUGUAGUUCUGUCUUAGGCGUCUCACAGUACGAACAUUGCAAUUUAUUGCCCUGGCCACAUCUGCAGUCCACAUGCCUCCUUGCAGCAUGCCUAAGGCACGUUAACGCAGAUGAGCAGUGACCCUGGGCAUCUUUCUUUUGGUGUUUUUCAGAGUCAGUAGAAAGUCCUCUUUAGUGUUCUAAGUUUUCAUAACUGUGACCUUAAUUGCCUACUGUCUGUAAGCUGUUAGUGUCUUAACGACCGUUCCACAGGUGCAUGUUCAUUUAAUUGUUUAUGGUUCAUUGAACAAGCAUGAGACACAGUGUUUAAACCCUUUACAAUGAAGAUCUGUGAAGUUAUUUGGAUUUUUGUGAAUUAUCUUUGAAAGCAGGGUCCUGAAAAGGGGACCUUUCUUUUUUUUUUUUUUUGCUGAGUUUAUUUAUUAACACAUGGAGGUUCUCUAUGGCCACCGGGGGUCAGUGUUUCCAUUCAUUGUGUGCGCCGAAGAAUUAAAGUAGCCUGGUCUCAGACCUGUAUAUGUUUGACCAACUCCUUUAACUAGCAGUUGAUUUAAAGCAUAAUCAGAUCUAGGAUCAAGUGUUAAAAGGAGUACUGUGAAAGAAAGUGCAGAGAUUAACGCCAUCUGGUUCUUCAUUAGCCUUGUCCCAAAUCUGUUUGUGUGGUCUGUGCCAAGAAUGCACAAACAGAUCUGGAACUGGGCUAGUUCUGAUAGUGCUUCCUGGUUUAUUUGAACAGUCGUUGUUUACAUCCAUCCGAAAAAUAUUAUUAUGCUCUUGCUGUUGGCCAGAAAUAUUCUGUGGGUCCAUUACCCUUGUGUUUACCGGUGUGCUGAAAACGAGGGCGUUGACUAAUCUUUUUGCUUGAACAAAGAUGCUUAGUGUUCAUGAGUGUGAGACAGUACAAUGUGCCAUUGUCAAUGAGUGAGACAAACUGAUUAUUGUAAAGAAGAAAAGAACAUGUGAAUGGGUUGUUGACUUCAUUUUUUUCUCCUCCCACCUUUUUAAAAGUAAUUCCUGUACCAAGCAUAGCAAUCAGGCUUCCAUUACUUCUCUUCCUCUGACUUUCUUCCUCUUUUCCUGCCUGUACAGUACGCCCUUAAGAACGUUCCUUUGCUUUCCCAAUUUAGGCUGCAGUACCUGUAGCGUUGCAGCCUUCGUUGGUUCCUGCCAAAAUUCUCCUGUGUUUGCAACCUUCAAUCUCUCUCAUGACCAUGUUUCGCUACUAUUGCAAAAACACUGAAAAUAAUGUGAAGCCAGGUCAAGAAAACAUGGAGGAUUUCAAGCACAUGAAGUUCUGUACUAUUUUCUGUGUACGUUUAAAUUCAGACUUAUUCAUUACUGCAAGAGAUUUCCAGCCAAAGCAUGUAACAUGUUGCUUUUAGCCUUGAACGGACAUAAGACUUGACUGUAUGAUGUGAACAUUUCCACAGUGGCCUGUUUUGGUAAACUAAUAAACUUAUGAUUUUUAGCCUGAUCCCUCUGUACAGAAGUCAUGACUAUACUAUAAAUACAUAAUAUAUUGAACAAACUUGAGCUCUGUAAGUGGUCAUGUGAAUACAUUUGUCUUUUUUUACAGUUCCUUUCAUUAUGUUAAGACCUGUUUUAAAGUGAUGCAUUAAACUUUGCAAGCAG